AUGGCGUCCAAAUCCACCAAUUACGGCAACUACCAGCACUAUCUCGGCCCCAACCACGCGCCCGGCUCGCCGCCAGCAAUUCAUGUCCGUGACCUGCGUCUCGGCGUCAUCGCCGCCCUGGGCGUCGACUUCAAGGGCCGCCGCUGCUUGGACGUCGGUUGCAACGACGGGUCCGUAUCGACCCAGAUUGCCUUCGACUUCGAAGCGAGCGAUGUCGUGGGCGUCGAUAUUGACCCAAACCUGGUGCGCAAAGCCGAGGACCUGUACUCCCUAAAGGCCUCACGUGUUCGCCCAUCCGGGGAUCCAUCUGGGCCAACUAUCGACUACUAUCCCAUGUCUGCCGUCCUUCGCCACGGCCGCAUGCCAGCCUCUGUCUCGCCUGCCUCCCAUUGGCCAAGUGUCAGGUUUGUUGCUGCAGACUGGGUCGUCUCGACAAACCCGGUCCUCGCAGGCCCUUACGAUAUCAUCCUGGUCCUAAGUGUGAUGAAAUGGAUUCAUCUCGAGCACCUAGAUGAGGGGCUGGUCAGGUUCUUCCACAAGUGCAGCACCUCUCUCGCAUCAGGCGGCUACCUUAUCCUGGAACCUCAAGAUUGGGAUUCAUAUCAGAAAGCUGUUCGACCAAACGCCGCCCCUCACUUCGCAAAGAACUUGGAACGCUUGAAAUACCGCCCAGAAACCUCGUUUACCGAGUUAUUGCGAGAUGAAGGCCUCAAUAUGUGCGUGACAUCUGAUCAACUGCGUCGUCCCAUCACCAUCUACUGCAAAGCAUGA